AGUUCAUAACGAGAAUGCGGUUGAAUCAACUUUUCAUUUGGAUAACUUUGACGGCCUUAUUGCAAUGGAGUUCGGCUCAGGCGCAGGAGGAGGCGGUUGAGGAGGAGGUGCAUAAUGCACCUGAAGUCAGUGUCAAUGCGAGCGUAGAGCAAUUGCCCAUGAGCACAACUGAAAUGCCAGUAAUUGAAAAAGAAAGGGAACCGGAAUUGGAUCACCUGACAACGGACAUGGUAGUGGAAGACUCCACCAGUCCACCACCAGUAUUGCCCGAGAGUACUGAAGAAAAGGCAGAGGAAAUAGAAGCUGAGACGCCAGAGACUCACUUACCAGCUGAACAGCAUUCUUUAAGCACUGUGGCCACUGAAAAGGAAAAAGCCACCGAUGAAGAACACGAUUCACCUGCAGUGGAGUCCACUGACUAUCAAAAUGAGGAACCGCAACCUGAAGCAACUAUGCCACCCACUAAUCCACCCACCACUAUCGGGACUAUUACCGUACCGACCCUUCCAAAAGUGACCCCACCCCAGCUACCUAUUUAUUGUUUUAGCUGCACCAGCCCACAAAAUGGAACUUGCAUGAGGAAGCCUACCAAACGUUUGCAGUGCCCCUUGAAACAAGGACAACGAAAUGGUUGCUUUACUUUGGUCGAACGUAAUGCCAAAUUAACAAUGCGCGGCUGUCUCACUGAACUUUCCGAAGAAGUCUUGACUUCCUGUCUUACAGACGACAAAUAUUGUCAGAUUUGCUAUGAAAUGACCUGCAAUGAAAAAGAUGCCUUCGAUGCCACAGCUGGUGCCGCUCAAGUAAUCUGGCCAUGUUAUCUAUUAGCUAUCAGCUACUGUCUAAUCAGUUGGCUUAUCUAGGGGAAUCACCUGGCGUUGUGAUGGCGAAAUGUAAUAAAAUAAUAAUACACAUUAUAUAUUUCAUAUACCUACGAAAUCGA